AUACUUAUCAAAUGUUGUCGGUCGAGUUACGCUUUACGAGUUACCCGUUUGUUCAUAGUACGUAUUUGGACUUCGUAAUAUUGCACGGGUUCAUGAUUAAAUUGCGAUAAAUAGAAUAAAUGAUAAAAGGUCGCUUCAAGCCAAUAACUGUCCAAGGUCGCAUGGUGUUGUUUUAACUUUUACCAGUUUAUCAUGUAAUAAAUAGGUACAGUAAGAGUUAGCAGCUUUUAAAAGAAUAGUCAAAAUGUCGCUUAAAAAUAUAUUGCUAAGAACAAUCAACCAAAAGAACAAAUAUAUUAACUUGGCUGCAACAGCUGUGAAGAUCAACCAGGAACAAUAUAAUCAUAGAGAUCAAAAUAGUAAAUAUAAGAAAACAGUUGCUACAGCUUUGUUUAGCUCUGUGCUAAUUGGAACUGUAUUAGCAGAAAAAUCGAAAAACAAUAAAAAAGUAUUAAAGGAAAACAAUGAAGAGAAUACAUGUGGAGCAGGAGAAAAGAGGCCGGACCUCCCUACAUACAGGGCAGAAGAAAUCAGCAAGCAUAACUCAAAGAAAAGCUUCUGGGUAACAUACAAGAAUGGCGUGUACGAUGUGACGUCUUUCCUCCCCUCCCAUCCUGGAGGGGACCAGAUCAUGAACGCGGGAGGUUAUAGCAUCGAACCGUUCUGGAAUGUUUACGGAAUGCACAAGACGAAAGAGAUCUACGCCUUAUUGGAAUCUUAUAGGAUAGGUAACCUCCACGAAGACGACAUGGUAGACCUUUCUGACGAAGAGCUCUGGGUGAAGGAACCGAUUAGGGACAAGCGGCUGAUAGUGAAGACCAGCAAGCCAUUCAACGCGGAGAUACCGGCCAAACUGCAGGUUGCACACUUCGACACGCCCAAUGAAUUAUUUUACGUCCGUCAACACAUGCCUGUUCCAGAGUUGGACUCGUCUGAGCAUCGCGUACGAGUGACCAUUAAGAAUGGGCAGACAGUGACGCGCGAGUUCAGCCUGCAGCAGCUGGACCAGUUCCCGCGGACGGCCGUGCGCGCCGCGCUCAUGUGUGCCGGUAACCGACGCAGUGAGAUGAAUGAGCAGGUGAAGCCAGUGAAGGGCAUCAGUUGGCAGGGCGGCGCCAUCAGUAACGCGGUGUGGGAGGGCGUGCUCCUCAUUGAUGUACUCAAGGCCUGCGGACUGGAGGACACCAGCACCGCCGGGAAACACGUCAUUUUCACGGGAUCAGACAUAGACGCGACAGGAGUGAACUUCUCGACAUCGAUUCCCUUAGAACAGGCCCUGAACCCCAAGAACCGCAUACUCCUCGCUACACACAUGAACGGCGCGGUACUGCCGCCCGACCACGGGUACCCGCUGCGGGUUAUAGUGCCCGGGGCUCCGGCCGUCAGGAGCGUCAAGUGGCUCGAAUCAAUAACAAUAUCAAAAGACGAGAGCUCGUCCCAUUGGCACCAGAAGGACUAUCGCUCCUUCAACGCGUCUAAAACAUGGGAGACAGCAGACUUUGCGAGCGCCCCGCCCAUAUACAGCCUUCCCGUCACCUCCGCCAUCUGCGACCCCGCGCACGGAGACACCGUCACCGCAAAGAAUGGAGUUGUGGAAAUCAGAGGCUACGCAUACUCCGGUGGUGGCGCUAAGAUCCUCCGAGUGGACAUAUCACCAGACUGUGGCAAGACCUGGGUGCAGGCUGAGGAGAUGCAGUCAGAUGAUGCACCUCCCCAACAACACUACGCCUGGACGUUGUGGACUGCCAGGAUACCUGUCAGUAAGGGACAGAAAGAGCUUGAGUUAUGGGCAAAGGCAACGGACAGCAAUUUCAACACUCAACCAGAGAGGUUUAAUGAUAUUUGGAACAUUAGAGGAGUACUUAGCAACGCUUAUCAUAGAAUCAAAGUACAGAUCAAACAUUAAUAUAGUCAUUUUAUCUAUAACACCUUUAUUGCUUAGUGUUAAAGUCGAUUUUUGCGAUUACUAUUACCAAAAGCCUGUUACUCAUUUGUAUGAUAAUUUUUAAUUUUUUUUUUUAAAUGAUUCUGAAUGCAUUAUUUAAUAUUUUAAGUUUUACAAAAUUGCAUUGGUUCAUUUGAUUUUAAUGUUAAUUAAGUGUUUUUUUUAGACUUACAGUGAUUAAUUUAUUAUAAUAUUACGCACCAACUGAAACUAACAGGCUCGAUUUCUAUAUACUCUACUCUAAGUCAUUCUUUAUGUGUUAUGGUCACAUUAUAGUUUUAUUGUUACCACGCUCGAAAUUUUACAUUAGAUAAUACAAAUGCUUUUAUGAUCUUAGACAAAUAUUU